AUGUCAUCGUCACCAGGAACUAUUGUAAUCAUACCAUCAACUAUAUCAUACAACCGCGUACGAAGAGAACAUCGCGAGAAGGCCUCGAGAUUGUUUUUCGUCUCUAUAAACGAUCUCUGGGACUUGACGAAGAAGUACAAGAUCAGACCUGGCUGUCGAGAUAGUGUCGAUAUCACUUCUGUGACCAAGCGCGUGGAGGAAAGAAUCCUUAUUGUGACGCCCCUACAGUUGAAGUGGUUGCUUGCCUACUCUUCUAGAGGCAUAAGCCUGGACGACAGUCGUCACAACACGCGAUACAACAUCAAAUUAGCCACUCUCAUGGUGGCCGACGAGAAAGAUCGAGGACUCCCUGCUGCAUUUCUAUUAAGCAAUACCAUGACGACGGAUAACGUUUCCAAUCUGUUCAAAGUGAUCAAAGAGCUAAUGCCAGACUUCAAUCCAAGGAGAAUCGUCACAGACGAAGCACAAUGUUUCUGGAAUGGCUUCCGCAAAACUUCCCCUGAUUCUUCGACAGAACUUCACUACUGUCGCAUUCAUAUUGCCAAGACAUGGGAACGAAAAACGAAAGAAGUAGUGGAUGCGAUUCUACGACCUAGCGUUGACAAAGCUCUACGUGAACUACUGAAAGAGACUCGACUACACGUGUUCGAGCAAAGAUUCGCAGAAAUUCUGGCCUUUUUGAAUGUGAAGGGACAAACGGUGAUGGCCGAAUACCUCAGCAAGAACUACCUAGGUAAAACCACGUCCUGGGCUUCCUUCACGAACAAGGGAGCUAUAAUGGAAACCACAAUGAUAAGCGAGAGGUGGCACCGCACAAUAAAGGAUGACAUUCUACACCGCAACGCCAACUGUCGCCUCGAUUGUUUGAUAGAGUUGCUCAUUCGUGCGACCGAAGAAAAAGCAGAUACUAUUGAAAUUAUGGACCGUAGACGCUUUGUCAAAAGUUCCUUUCGCGUCUUGGAGACCAUAAAAAACCAUCAAAAGGCGGUCACUUUCUAUGGAAAACGAACUGACAGGAUUCGCCUCGUCAAGGAUAACGAGUGGAGGGUGGAAACCUCAAAAGAGAAGGAAUGCUUCACAGUUCUAUCGGAAGGCAGAUGUUCCUGUAAUUGUAAAGGUAUAUGUCACGUAGCGGCACCGCAGAACUUCAUUAACGUUCUUCUGUUCAGAGUAAUGUGCAUUGCCUCGUCUGUGGUGUCUGCCCGUAUACCUGGCAGUGCACCUGUUUGGAAGAACAAAAGCGGAGUGAGCUGCGUACACAUACAUGCAGUCAAAACUUAUGCAUGUGAGGUGGAGCUAGUAAGUGCUGGAACACAGGAAAGCGAAGAAAGUGAAGGUCCUCUGGUAGGAGUUGAGGAGUAUGCGGAAGUAGAAACUGAAACACCUGUUGAAACCCCUGAGCAUGAGCAAGCUGCUUCGAGUGUCCAGCAUCGCAGAGAACAGCGCUAUCAAAGAUUGAACGAAAUAAUAAGCACGUACGCAGCCAUUGAAAUGACAGCAAAGACACUGGCAAAAAGCGAUUCAGACGAAUCCUUGAAGAGUUUGGACAAAAUCCUGGAACACUUAAAGCUCGCAGCUGCUGUCGUCCCUAUGGCUGGUUCCGCUGGCCUGGCUCCGCGACCGGAACUAACAAAGGGAAGAGGCCAAACCACACCUUCAAAAUGUGGUACUACAGCCGGUAUGUAA